AUGCUCACGACGAAAGCAAAGAUGAAACUGUUGCGAUCCAGCCUUGUCGAGUGCAGCAGUGGCCAUUUAGUGGCGGUACUAUUUACGGUGCUAUUACCGCUGGCUCGGGCUCAGGAUUACGAUGUGACGGACAUCCAGUGUUCGUUCGCGUCCCAGGGCUCCAACCUGGGCGACAUCAUAACGGCGAAGCUGAAGAAACCGAUCGGCUUCAAGGGUGCGCCACUGUUCGCGGACGACCGGGGCGUCAAUCCGGAAGCCGAUUUCGCCUGCUCCAUCAAGCAAGAUCGUAAAGACGUGAGCGAGCUGGCGUACGAUCUGAAGAUUACCGAUUUCUCACGGUGUGGCGUGCUGAAACGAAACGGUUUCGUGCACGUUCGCAUCUGGUUUCCGCAGUUUCCGUCGGUCGUAAUGCAAUCCGAUCAGGAACUGAUCAUCAUGUGUAAGCCACCGGAACCGACCGUUAUCCAGAACAAGGCGGCGGGAUUCGCGGGAAGCUUCCCACAUGGUGCGCGCGUUUCCGGUGUGGUCGAGGAGACACCGGGUCGGCUUGAGUAUGAGGUGGCCCUGUAUAAGGAAGCACCACCGAUCGCAAGGAUCAGCGGUAAUCUGGCGGUGCUGAAAAACCACUCGUCAUCCUCGCUACCGGCCGUCACGAACAAUGAGGUCCCGGUCGAUCAGGCGGUCCCGAUUGGCACCAAACUGCAGCUGCGUGCUCGCAUCAGCUCGUUAAGCGUGUGGAAAUACGUGAAGCUGAUGGAGGUGACCGUGUCUCCGGAUCCGGAUGAUCCACACGCGCCUGGUUCGGUUUCGCUGGUUCGGGAUGGAUGUCGGAAUCGGGAUUUCGCCUCGAUCAUCCCACACCAGCCGGCCCGGUAUCGGGAUAAACCGAACGAGGUGUUCCUUGACUUCGAAGCGUUCCUGCUCAGCUCGAUGAAGGAACGUAGCACGUUGUGGAUCCAUUCGCAGAUCAAGGCGUGCAUGGAUGCGAUGGAUUGCCAGCCUGAUUUCUGUCUCGACAUGUACGAACCAUCGAAGAGACUCGGCAGAAGGCGUCGUGAUGAGCACUCGAGGAACCGCACGGAGUACACCAAGUUUAAGGAGAACAUCGAGUACACGGUCAUCAUGCCUGGCGAGUACGACGACGCCAUGCGAUACCAGCAAAACCCAGAGCAGUGCAAGAACUUUGUCGUUAUAUCGGGUCUGCUUGCCGCCCUGCUGGCGCUUUCCACGUUGAUAACGUGUGGAUUGGCAUCGCGGAUGCAAGGCAACGGAAAAAAGACCAUCGAUGAGCUGAACGUGAAAGGAUAUUCGGGGCGAGCGAUCGUGCAGUAG